AUGGCGCUCGAAAAGGCAACUAGUCACCCUCUUCUCCGGCAUAUCAUCGACUGGCGAGUUGGGCGUCUGACUGCAUUGCAGCAUCGACAGUUGUUGCCCAAAUCGAAAAGGGUUGCUGUCAAAAAAUCGACAACUUGA